CGUAGUGUCCGUGUUAUCGUUCCAUCUUUGUGCACUUCCGCAUUUGCCUCAUCGCUCAGCCCGAGCUGUUACCGCUUGGAUGUGACCCUGUCACACCGGUUUUACAAACUUAAGAAUCUGUGACCGAGAGCAGAGUGUUUCUACAGUAGAGUGGAGUCAGUGCAGCUCUGCUCCUCAUUUCCAAAGGAUCACAAUCCUCCUCCUCCUCCUCCUCAAUGGUGAUGAUGUUGCCUCCAUUGCGUCCUACCUGCGUUAUUCUCAUCCUCGUGAAUCUGUUAUUGAUUGAAACUCGUGAGGCAGCGCGGUUCGAGCCGACCUGGACCAGUCUGGAUGCCAGACCCCUGCCCGGGUGGUUCGACGAGGCCAAGAUCGGGAUCUUCGUGCACUGGGGGGUCUUCUCGGUCCCCGGCUACGGCCAGUUCAGCGAGUGGUUCUGGUUCUGGUGGCAGAACGAGAAGCCAGCGGUCGUGGAGUUCAUGAAGAGAAACUACCCGCCGGACUUUACAUACGCGGAUUUUGCGAGCAUGUUUCAGGCGGAGUUCUUCGAUCCGGAUGCGUGGGCGGAUGUAUUCAAAGCAUCUGGAGCCAGGUAUGUGGUCUUCACAUCCAAACACCAUGAGGGAUUCACCAACUGGCCUUCAGAAACCUCCUGGAACUGGAACUCAGUGGACAUUGGUCCUCACCGGGACCUGGUGGGAGAACUGGCUGCUGCUGUCAGGAAGAGAUCCCUGCGUUUGGGUCUCUACCACUCCCUGUUCGAGUGGUACCAUCCUCUUUACUUGUCGGAUAAAGCCUCGGGAUUCAAGACUCAAAGGUUUGUGGCCAUGAAGACUCUCCCAGAGCUCAGGCUCCUUGUGGAAACAUACAAACCAGAUCUGAUCUGGUCUGAUGGGGACUGGGAGGCACCAGAUACCUAUUGGAACUCAACCCAUUUUCUGGCCUGGCUCUAUAAUGACAGUCCAGUCAAGGAUGAGGUGGUUACCAAUGACCGGUGGGGUUAUGGCUGCUACUGCAAACAUGGAGGCUACUACAACUGUGCUGACAGGUACAGCCCAAGUAAACCUCCAGACCACAAGUGGGAAAAAUGUCAGACCAUUGACACCCGUUCCUGGGGUUACAGAAGAGACAUGAGGUUCAAGGAAGUCAUGGACCUACCCUCUAUCAUAAAGGACAUGGUGACCGUGGUGGCAAUGGGUGGCAACUACCUACUGAACAUCGGGCCCAUGGCAAGUGGAAUGAUCGCCCCCGUGUUCGAGGAGCGGUUGAGGGAACUUGGUGCCUGGUUGGAUAUAAAUGGGGAGGCUAUCUAUGCUUCCACUCCCUGGAGGAGCCAGACUGAGAAUAACACGGUUGAAGUCUGGUACACUGCCAAAAACAACACAGUUUAUGCCAUAUUGCUGGGUUGGCCCUCCAACCAACCAUUUCAACUAACAACGCCUAAGAUAUCUGGAGAAGCCAUGGUGACACUUCUGGACUAUCCCAACAUAAGACUGAGCUACAAGGCAAUGACGCAAACAGCCGGACUGAUGAUUCUUAUGCCUCCGAUGCCAAUGUCUCAUGGAAAUGCCUGGACUCUGAAGCUGGAGGGUGUAGCCUGACAUACAGUGUUAUGUCAAGUUGCAUAUCUAUUACACUGAUGUUUACAAAAUCUCAGAUUCAAUUAUCAGUAAGUUUUAUUAAAAAGUGCCCAAAGUUUUAUUUUUGAUCAUCUUUAUUAUAGUAAUUAUUAUUUCUUGUUACUUUGAGAACUGAAAGUUUACUUUUGAGAUAUUCGAUAUAUAGCAGUCUCACACCUGUAUUAAUGGCACACUUCCAUUGCAUGAAAUGAAAUGGAGUUUGUGUGUGUGAUCCCUGAGUAAAAUAUGAGAAUACAUGUAAAGAUUAUGACAUUAAUUUCCUGGUUCAUGAUAUUUAUUCAUCUUUCAUGUUUUAAUGUAUUUUUCAUGAGACAUUAAACAUUUCAAUGUGAACGAAAGUCAAACUUCCAUCAAACAAUAAAAAUUUGGCUUUACAUUAA